UCCUUUGACUACUAUGCCGAAAUCCCCAGCUCCACCGAUGCACCGAUCCCUGGCUCCAGCCAGAAGGAGUCAGUCUUCAUGAGGCUAAACAACCGGAUCAAAGCCCUGGAGGUGAACAUGUCACUCAGUGGCCGUUACCUGGAACAGCUCAGUCAGAGAUAUCGAAAGCAGAUGGAGGAGAUGCAGAAGGCUUUCAAUAAAACCAUCAUUAAACUCCAGAACACGUCAAGGAUGGCUGAAGAACAGGAUCAGAAACAGACCGAGUCUAUACAGGUGCUGCAGAGGCAGCUGGAGAACGUGACUCAGCUCGUCCUUAACCUGUCACUGCAAGUGAGCCAGCUACAGAGAGAGGUCUCUGACAGGCACAGCUACCUGCUGCUGUGUGUGGUCCUCGGCUUGCUCAUCUGCAUCGUCAUCUGUGUUAAUUACUGUCGCAUGUCGGCUGAGAAUCUCUCGACAGAACCUGACACAUACGUACCAAACUCCUACAGCUACUGCUGCCCUGACAGAGAUUCCCCUGAUGAGGACGUGAACCCAAAGCGGAGAGCAUCUUAUCCAUUUGCACAGUCAUCCCUGCAAAUCGCAACCACUGAAGGUCCAAGUGAAGCAUAUAAUGUAGAAACUCGGAGGAAUUCAACCGGGAGUAAAAGGAAAAAGCGCUGUAAAAUGAAAUCUGGCAGAAAGCCAGAGACGAUAACUCCCACGCUACUCUCCACCCUUUCAGUCCCCAAUGGAGGAUUGCGGUGUAAUGACCACCGUCCUCACAAUCUGGACUUAAAGCUGCCACCUCGUAGCCUCGUCCCUCCUCCCUUCUCCUUCAGAGACUCCUCGUCAGAGGGAAGCUCCGAAGACUCCUCCCAGUCAGACGAGCCUUCAUUCUGCGGUAUCGCCUCCUGCAGCCGCCUCUGUGAUCCUCUGCCUGCUGCAAAGAGCUGCUCCAAAAAGAGGAACCGCUUGAAAAAGAGGAGCACCGUACUCAAGCAGCUUCUUCAGCCUGUGCAGUGUAACGGCCCGCCGGUCGCGGCUAAGUUCACCCUGCGUGGCUUGAUCACAGGCUCCACAGAGCUGAACACGAACAGGCCAGGAGUCCCAUUGCUUCCUAAAAAGAACAGUUAUAACUGACAAUGCUAACGAUGCUGAUCUCUAUAGCCACUGCUGAUUGGUAGCUACUAGGUAAGCUACACUGUUAGCUUUAACUCCUGUGGUAAUGUGGUUAUUCUGUGGAUGUAGGAAAUAUGCCCACAAGGUUUUGGACAUUGGGACAAUCAUCGAUCAUCAUCUGCCUAGCAGACUGGAAUCAGUCAAAGUCAAAAUCACGAUUAAAACAUGAUUUAAAAUGUCCGAAUACGCUGCUGUUUUUAGAAGGGAGAAUCAUUUGCACAGUUUUUAAAUUGGUAAGGCUUGCUUAUGCUUUACAUUGUUUUUUAGACUUUUUGUGUGACUCGGUCAAAUGCAGAUUAUUUGUUAAUUGCAAAAUGUUGCUAUUUUUAUAAAAAUGAAUCAGAAACUGUG